UAUUCGCUUAUGUUCAUUUUAAAUAUCUUAACGUAUCAAACAAAUUAAUUUUGAUAUAACUAUUUUAUUUUUAAUGGAGUCAUAUAAAUUAAUUUUAAUCUCUAUUGUCAUUUUUUCUAUGAAAUCAGCUGAGACAAAACAAAGCUUAAAUUAUCGUAAGGAUUAUAGAAAUUAUGUCAAUACAGUGGUACAUCACAUUCGUUCACACAUUCGGUCAAAUGAAAUGCAAAAUUUAAAAUUGAAACAUGAUUUUAAUAAUCAUAUUAAUAUAGAAGAAGCUUUCAAACCCGAUAAUUAUAUGAAUGAUUCCAUGUAUAACUAUAAUAUUACAAUAAGUUUACUCAAUUUCAAGUACACAAGAAUACUAAAAACCUUCCUCAAUUACGUAGACAUUAUUCUUCGUAAAUGUAAGCAAUUUCAAUAUAGUUAUUUAUGGGAAAAUUUAAUUUUUUGUGUAACAUCACUUAUUGAAGAAGUAAAAAAUUCCAAAACUAUGUUUGAAAACCUCUACAACGCUAUGAAAUAUAUAAACAUCAUGGAUGUAAGAUAUGUGUUUAAAGGAACUAUUGUGGCAAAUGUUAUAAUUGAUGAAAUUGAUUUUUUUAAACAAUUUGUCUUACAAAAAAUACCAGAGACUAUAUCUUUUGAUUUCAACAGCUUACAAAAUCUUAUAGACUCUGAAACAAAUUUAAAAAAUUUAAAUGAAUUUUACAUAGAAGCAUCAGAAAAAGUAAACAAUAUGUUUCUAUACAGUAUUAUCAUCGACCCUUUCGUAAAUACUAAUUCGACAACAAAUCCAAUUAAGGAAUCCUCUAAUGAUAACGACUUAUACUUAGUUAAUUUAACAUGUAGUAAUCUUAAUGCGUUUUAUAACGAAACCAUAGAAAUUUGGUACAAAAACCUUGGCUUUGAAGAAUUUCUUAAUCCCAAAAUACCUAAAUUCAUACCUCCAAUAGAUCUACAUAUAAAUCAAAAUGAUGGAAUUAAAGCUCUCAAUAUUCUUCGUCAGGAAUCUGGUUGGAAAACAAUGAAUCACAUAUUAAUAAUUUAUAAUGGUAAACAAUUCAGUGUAGAUUUUAUUAUGAAAGACGAAAUUAAUAACAUUAAUUUUCGAGUGAAAAAAGAACAUGUAAUACAAUUAUUAAGAUGCAGGUAUACAGAAAUAAUGAAAAAUUACGAAAUAUUAUUAUCUACCCUAGUACAUAUAUGCAACAAAAGUGUACCACCACUCUAUCAAAAUUGUUUGAUUGAAUUAUUUGACUCACUCAAUAAAUCAAAAAGAAUGUUUGAUGGAUUGAAUAUGGCUAUAAAUACUUUAAAUAGUUCAUCAAUAUGGAGUUUAAGUAAUCACUCUCAUUCUAGUUUGCAGAAAAUAUUGAAAUGGAAUACAGAUUUUCUUAAUUUAUUGAAGAACAAUGAAUUUUCAAGGUGUGAACUAGGUAAUAAUAUCAUAAAAAAUGAAGGAAAAAAUACAGAAAAGUUAAAAAAACUACGAAACAUUCUAUCAGAGUUUCGUGAUAACUUCUAUAAAGAAUUAAGAUCCGAAAUGAGUCGUAUGAAUGACCGAUGUGUUAUGAAAAAACCUUAUUUUGAUAGAUCCAAAACAAUAAAUUAUUUCAUAAUUCCAACAGCUACUAAUCAAAAUUCUUCAGAAUCAUCCCAAAUAUAUCUCAACGCUUGUAAUUAUUUUAACAAUUUUUGUGAGAAUGUUUACAAAAAUUGUUAUGAAGAUCUAGGUUUUAGAAAAAUUAUUACUAGCUAAGACAGAUUUAUUAAAUAAAUUGUUUAUCAACUUUGCACUCAGUAGAUUGAAAGGACAAGGUAUCAAUUAAUUGGUUUUAAAUAAUUAUUAUAUACCACUGGCUACAAAAUAAAAUUAAGAAUAUUUCAAUAAAUUAUAAAAAUUUCGCGUAGUUAAUAACAUUUAGAACUAUUAUUGGUUCUUGUUUUAAAAAUUUUUUAAAUUUUUAAAAUGUAUUAUUUUAUAAUUGUUUUAAUUUACAUAUAAAUUCAAAUUAUAUACCCAUUAAA